UCUCGCUGACAAGAGGGAGACAGGCUUUUCUGAGUUUGUCAGCUCCCCCUAAAAUAGCAGUCAGCGUGUAAAUGUGAACUGAAAUUACGUUUAUCCACUGGAGCCACCGAUAUAGAGUGUCUAUACACGGCGACUGACUUGGGAGUAAAGGACAUUUUUUUCAAGAAGGACAAAAACACCAAAAAGCUGAAAGCCAAGGAUGUACUGAGUGAAAAAUACGAGGCAGAAGCUGAGCAUUCUUGGUCCAAUAAAGAGGAUAGUGUUUCUUUGAUUGUUUGAUUGUGGUGCAGCCUGUUGAGGGCUUUGCGAAGGCAGAAGAAAGAGUGUUGUGUAUACAAGAAGAGAGACCGUUGCACAAUGUGCUAAAAGAGAAGCAGAAGAAAUCGUGUUGUUUUUCUGAUAUUGUUGAGGUGUCAGAGAGACCGGAAAGGACGCAGCCAUGGGGCGGAAGAAGAUACAGAUUGCCAGGAUCAUGGAUGAGAGGAACAGGCAGGUUACCUUCACAAAGAGGAAGUUUGGCCUGAUGAAAAAGGCCUAUGAGCUCAGCGUGCUCUGUGACUGUGAGAUAGCCCUCAUCAUUUUCAACAGCUCUAACAAACUGUUCCAGUAUGCCAGCACAGACAUGGACAAAGUGUUGCUGAAAUACACAGAGUACAACGAGCCCCACGAGAGCAGAACCAACUCUGACAUUGUCGAGGCGCUAAACAAGAAAGAACACAGAGGUUGUGAUAGCCCGGACCCCGAUGCCUCAUAUGUCCUCACUCCUCACACAGAAGAAAAGUAUAAAAAAAUUAAUGAGGAGUUUGAUAAUAUGAUGAGAAAUCAUAAAAUCCCCACAGCAUUGCCUCAGCAGAACUUCUCCAUGCAUGUGGCAGUGCCUGUGUCCAAUCAUAAUGCCAUGUACCAGACAGGAGGGACUCUGGGCAGCCAGGCGCUGGCGGCCGCCGCGGCCUCUCUCAUUGACAGUGGGAUGCUGUCCCCUCCACAGGCCUCUAUGCACAGGAAUGUGGGCUCCAGUGGAGGACCCCAGAGGCCCACCAGUGCAGGGAACGGUUUUGUGAACUCCAGGGGCUCUCCGGGCAUCCACAGCUCACCCAGCGGCAAUGGCCUGGGUAAAGUCAUGCCCACCAAGUCUCCACCACCCCCCGGAGGGAACAUGGGAAUGGGAGGCCGUAAGCCAGACCUUAGGGUUGUUAUCCCUCCGUCUAGCAAAGGGAUGAUGCCCCCACUGUCGGAGGAGGAGGAAAUGGAUUUGAACAACCAGAGGAUAAGCAGCUCCCAGCAGCUGGCAACUCCGGUGGUGUCUGUCACCACCCCCAGCUUACCCCCCCAGGGCCUGCUCUACUCGGGCAUGCCCACCUCCUACAACCCUGCUGAGUUCUCCCUCAGCAGUGCGGAGAUCUCCUCCCUACAGGGCUUCAGCUCUCCUGGGCUCUCACUGGGCUCCAUGUCGGCAUGGCAACAGCAUCAACUGGGCCAGGCAGCUCUUAAUUCUUUGGUUGGUGGAGGUCACCUACCUCACGGCUCCAACCUCUCUAUCAACACCAGCCAGAGCUUGAACAUCAAAUCCGAGCCCAUUUCGCCGCCACGGGAGCGUGUCACCCCAUCUGGCUUCCCCCUUCAGCAGCAGCAGCAGCAGCAAGGGUCCAGCCGACAGGAAGUCCUGGGACGUUCACCCGCCGACAGCCUCAGCUCCUCCUGUAGCUCUUACGACGGCAGCGACCGUGAGGACCACCGGCCAGACUUCCACUCCCCACUGGGUCUGGGCAGGCCCCCUGCUGGCUCCGAGGACAGGGAGGGCCCCUCGGUCAAGCGCCUGCGCAUGGACACAUGGGUGACAUAAAGAGCCCCUAUCACGCCUCCAGUCACCAGCCAGUCAGAGAGCGGGAGGGGUUAGACAUGGAGAUAAAAGAAAGAGCAAGGGUCCUAGUGCUAUUAUUAUGAUACUAUUAUUCAACUCCUUUCAAUUUGUAAGACUGAGUGGCAAAUGUUAUAAAACGUGUCAGGACAUAUCUAAAGUAAAUUCACAAGCUGAUACAGUAGGAUUAAAAACAAUCUCAGUUAGCUGGACUGAAUUACAUGCACAGGCAGGUGAUAACAGGUACUUGGUGCAAUUCAGAUGAUGUUUGCAGAAGGAAGAUGUUCAAAAGAAAAUUGUUAAACAAUAGGCGGUAGAUUAUUGUAAGCACUGGUCUAGUCAGACACUUACAUGUAGUUGCUGUAUUGCUGUUGUGCUCGCAAGUUGCAAACAAUCAGAGAAAGUUGUGUUGCUUUCAGGCUAAGGACCCGUACAUAUGAUGUUCAAUGCAAGAACUAUCUUUUAAAAUCAUGCUGUAACCACAGAAGACCUUUUAUCUCAAGUGGCCUCUUGUAAUUUAUUGAUUCAUUCGAUAAGGGGUACAGAGACCACGAGUUAAUUAAGACUAUACAGGACUUUUCACCACACAGUUAACAACAGUUGAGACAACCUUAGUUAAUAAAUGAAACAAUACUGUUGGAGGUAAAAACAAAAGAGCAUCAAAAUGAAUUGCAAUAAUGACAUAUUAUUCAUUUUUAAAUUGAAAAGAGUAGGUUAUAUAAAUGUGCAAUUAAGAUAAUGCGAACCUGUCCAGUUGAACUGGUGCAAAAAUCAACACAUUUAUGUAACAGUUCAUCAGUAAUAUAAGCCAAAGCUGUUCUUUUGUGUCGUUUUGUACAGUUGCUACGGUUUCCUAACAAUUCACUCAAACACACCAUCUCUUUCAUCAUAGUUUUAUUUUUUAUUGUGCUUUAUUGCAAACAGUGUAAAGUCGUGUAAACAAGAUCUUGAAUUGAUAUCUAAAGCCAUGAACAUUUGCUGUUCUGUUUGUAAAAUGGAUAAUUUGAGCCAAACCUUUUCUUUUGUUGUGUAAAUAGCGACUUUAAUAUAUAUCACCAGGGUGUGAGUACGUGCUGAAUGUACUGUACUGUAUGAUCACCGUUUUCAAGAAAAGUAUAUUUUUGUGGAUUACAGCCAAGUUUACAAGAGUAGACCCUUAAGAAGUAGAUCAUUCACUGGUCAAUAUUUGCUAUUAUGUUCCUUUUACUGUAAUUUCCUCUAAAUUGAAUUAUCCACAUAACCUCCUGUGUGUUUUGGUUCCAGAUGGCCAAUUGUUUUUUUCUCUCUUUAUUAGUGAUGACUGUUUGUCCUAUAGACAUUGUUGUAACAAUGCUGUGAGAUUGAAGUUCCACUAUUUUCAGAUUUGUAAAGGAUAAUCACAAGGCUAGGGGAAAUUGUUUUUUUUUCUUCCCUCCUAUUGUAGUUGUAUACCAGCAGCUGCUGAAUACACUGCCAACAUUCAAACCCAAGGUCCCUGCCCCACAUUGAAGAAUAAUCUAUUGUUAUUGCAUGUAGCUCAACAGUAAUACACGCCAUCUCCCAAGCCCUUUCCACUAUCCUGUUAUUGGCCCAAGCAGAAGACAUAAACAUGGCUGUUGAACUUCACCCAAAAGUGAUUAGCCUGUGUUCAUAUGUGGUUGUAAAUAUCGCAGUCAGUCAUGAUUAUGUACAAAAACCCUUGUGUGUUUCCCUAAUUGGCCCCAGAAAUUGUACCUUUUAUCAAUGCCCUAUUACUAGUACUACUUUAGGCUUAGGAACCUUAGGAGCCAGAAGAGUGAAAAUCUGAAGGCAUUGAAGUCAUUUAUGCGUAAGGUGUUUUGAUGCUGACCGUGACAGAGGGGGGGAAAAGGGGCUGUGACUUGUUUUCUUCUCCAUCAUCACACACACAAAUAAUACAGCAGCUAAUUCAUGAUAACAGGAUGCCAUUGACUCCAAUCUCACUGCUGGAUGCACACAUUUGUAUGAGAAGUUUGCUGUAUGCGAAAGACAUCGCUCUGCAUUCACCGUGACAUAUCUUGUGUGUUUCUGCGGUCUCUCCGCCCCAUCAUCAGCUCCAUGGUAGUUUUCAAUAUAAAAAAGUACUGAUCUAUGCAGUUUACGCCCCAAUUCACACGACAUAUACAGAUUAUGAUGUCAUUACAGGUGGCAUUUAGUCCACAAAGCAUCAGGAAGAAGCGCAUUUAUAGAUUGACUGUUAGCCUCUUAUCCUGAAGUGCCACAGCAGUACUACCAGUUACAUAUAAUACAUUUUAUUAAAUGAUUGAUUUGGAUACCCCGGGGCAAUCUCUUCAUGUUCAUAUACAUUGGUAGAUAUACAUUUCAUAAUGUAUAGUAAUCCAUUAUGUAAUCUAGUUUAACAAAGCAGGUGAAAAUAGCAAUAAUAAAUGACCACAACAACAAAAAUAGUCUGCCUCUCGGCAGCAUCACCUCGUAGUUGAGCACAUACUUUAGCACUUGAUCACAUAUCAGGGAAUUUUGUAGUUUGUCUAACUAUAUGCACAGUGAGGAAAUGCCUUAUCCCAAAGAGAAUGAUAUAUAUCAUUUUUAUUUUAUUAUCUCUCUGUAAAAAAAACACACAAUGCAGAUAUCAUUCAAACUUGACCAGACCUGCCUCUUCUUACAAAAGACCCACACAAGAAAAUGCACAGUGAAUGCAUCGUGAUACACUUUGCUCUUUUGGUCCAUGUCCAAAUUGUGCACAAAUAAUGAAUGUGAAAAGAAAGGGUAAUCGAUGAACCUUUGUAGAAGACUUUCUUCACUUUGCUGUGUAAGAGUACACUGCUUCGCUUCAUGGCUUUUAUAAACAGAACUACGUGUUUGGUAAGUGUUUGUAGUUGAUAGUUCACUUAACAAAAGAAGCUGUUUUCGGUUUGAAUGCUCAGACCGUUUGGCGGCACAAGCUGGACUUUGUUGCCAAUAAUGAAAUUAUUUGUUUCAAAAAUCGAAAGAGAUUUUAAGUUAAUCUACAUUUUCUUUCCCUUGAAUGUGUUAUUUUAUUUUCAUCAUACAAUAAAUAUUCAAGUGAACUUUUUCUUAAACAAUUAAGAUACUAUGCUAGAUAUUGUUGUACAAAAUGUGUAUUCUUCACAAAAGUACAAAUAUUGGCUUUUAAUGUGUAAUUUAGGUUAUCUCUCUUAUUCUGUAUAAAAUGAAGUAAACAACUCUUACAUAGAAUUUGUUCUCCUGUGAAGUUCCAAACAGUACCAACUGUCAACUUUAUUAAACACCUCAGUGUAUGCUCAGUCUGAA